CGGGUAGGGAAAUACUGGUGCCAGUCAUUGUAAAGGCUAGCCACUACUAUGUGGCAUCGCGCGUCGUAUGCAGGCUUAUGUUAGUUAACGACUGAAGUCAGCGCGGCUCGCGAUCACCAAGCCUACCUGGCUUUCCAAUUCCAAUUAAUAUGCAUAGCUCGCAACAAACGACGAACAUCUACCCCGAACCCGGUGACCAGUCUUCCCCACACAAGAAAUCGUGAGCACCCAUUGACAUGAACACAACCUGCCUGGACGCCCAACAACAUGCAACUCCUGGCCGAACAGCCGCCAACACGUACGAAAUCAUCUACUAAGCGAUACACGGCGCUACCUAGCACGCUGUCCUCGUGUUCCUGUGCUACUACCUUACAUGUCUCCAAUAAUGCAGCGACGUACUGUCCUUUGCUGCUAAGACCCUGUCACAGAGCCUUGCCGCGACGCCACAUCUGCGUCCCAGUAACUGACCGUUGUGCUGAAACGAAGCCGUUCUACUCCGGCUACAGCAGCUGCUCAUGCUUCUGCUGCAGUUCAGCUAGUCAUCCUGCUCCCACUUAUGCUGGUGCGGCUACUGUUGAUGUGAAUGCGAGCGGCAGCGGCACUUCUCCUCAUGGUGCGCCUGUCGCUGUCGCUGCCGCACAUUCAGUGCGGGUGCAGGGACUCCUCGUCCAUGCUGCUCAGGCUGGGCAGCCGCACCACCUUGCGCCGCCGCGAGGCAGUUCGCCACCGAGGCGCCCGCGGCUGGGCCGCCGCCUCCCUCCCAGCACCCCCCGCACCCGCACCUGCAGCUGCGGAUUGCUGUUGUUGUGGUUGUUCGACUGCUGCUUCCGAACGCGCUUCACAACUGCCUUCUGAGGUAACAUUGUCUAUCACGUCAGCAGCAGCGGCGGCGGCGGCAGGAGCAUCCAGAGACGCAGCAGCAGCCGCAGCAGCAGACCUGUCCCUGCUGUCAUCCCUGCUUGCGACGCUAUCCGCCGCCGGUACGCCCUUGUGGCUCAUCCCCGCGACGGCAUCAGUGGUUUGUGACCCGUGGGUCGCUCCCGUGGGCCCCGCCGCCACCGCUGCCAAGGGUGCCUCCUCGGGGCUCCUCGGGGCCGCUGCGGUGGAGUCCACAGCCGAGGAUGCCGCCGCUGCUGCUGGCGUUACGGCUGGGAUUGGGGCCAUGGAGGCUGCUGCCUUCCUCCGUCCUCUCCCAGCCACCGCCUUUGAUGCCCCCACCCCGUUGCUGCCCGCCUCAGUGGGACCCGCACCUGGGGCGGUCCCAGACGCAGGAUCGUUCGGAGCAGCAGCGGCGGCCGGGGAGAAGGCGCCGCUGCUGCUGCUGCUACUGGGUGCUGACGUGCCAUCGCUGCUGGCUGCCUCCUCCUUCCUCAUCCUCCCGGCUGGAAUGUUCCUCCCCUGCCGCCCCUCCUCCACCUGCCCUUGCUCUUGCUGCUCCUCCUGCUGCUGCCCGUGUUGCUCCUGCUGCUGCUGUUGCUGGCUCCACGGCUCCGGUCCCGGUCUUGUUCGCAGUUGCCACUGUUGUUGCUCCUGCUGGUACCACUGCUGCUGCCGCUGCUGCUGCUGGUGCGGCAGCAGUCUGAGGCCGUUGGGUGCGGUGGCUGCUGCCGCGCGUGCCGCCUGCCAGGCCGCGAAGGCGGGGUAGCGCUGCAGGAAGGCGGCGGGGUCCCAGAUGAGGGCGCUCAUGAAGGACUGCCGCCACUGCAGACCCGAGUCCUGAGUCCAGGGGUAGCAGCAGGACAAUGGGGGGAGCGGCGGGGGCAGCGUUGGGGGUUGUAUACGUGUAUUGUAUUGUAUUGUACCGGCAGUCAACGUUGGACGCACAGCCCUCUUCCUCUCAAUCCGCAUCAUUGCUCCCCAUCGUUCGCCACACCGCCCAUCCCUCUGAUCCACACUAGCGAGAAGGUCCUCACCAGCUGGGGUUUACCCAGAACCCCCACCGCCUCCCCGCGUCCCAACCUCCUCCUCCUCCAUGUCCUCCCGCCCACGCCGCCUCCUCCUCUUCCUACUGCCCCCCCGCCCUACCAGCAGGAACUCCAGGUGUUGCCGCGUGCGGUUGUUGUGCCCCCGCAGGCUCUUCCACAGCGCCUCCGGGCCGCCCGCCGCCAGCUGACCCGCCCAGCCCGGCCACCGCCGCAGCAGCGCCAACGUAGCGGAGGAGGACCUGACGCAGCGGGAGGAGCGGGCGAGCGGCCCAGCAUGUCCCCCACCGCCAC